UGCUGAUGAUGGCGAUGAUGGCACCAGAAUGUAAACAAACCACCGCUUGGCUCCUCACGCCACGCCGCGCCGCCAGCAGGGAGGGACCAGCAGGAGCCAGCAGAAGAUUUAGAAGACAGCAGCAAAAAGGAAGACUCAAGCAAAUUAAGCAAAUAAGAAGGAGAAGAGGAAGAUAUUAAGCAGCCGGGAUAAGCAUUAAAAUAGAUAUAGAAAGAAGAUUUAGAAGACAACAGACAAAAGGAAAAUUUAAAAAGAGAAAGCCAAUAAAAGGAAAAUAGGAAGAUAUUAGACAAAUUAAAAGCACUAAAACAAAGACAUCAACCUCUCCUGCAACCCCCCACACCCCAUCACCCCCCCCACCCCAGCAUGGCAGCCAAGGAAGAGAUGAUGGAGGAGGAGGAGCAGAAGGACGAGGAGGAGUUCCCGCCUGGCAUGGCCCCCAAGAUGCUGUCCCUACUAAAGAGUGUCACCUCCCUGGAGAAGGACCUCAAGCCCCUGCUGGCCCGCCCCUACCACGAGGCCUUCAGCAAGCUGUCCCCUCUGGAGCGUGCCAAAGUGGGAAUGAUGGAGAUCUACACCAUCAACUCCCUCUACUGGAUGCUGAUGAAGGCGAGUGGUGAGGACGUGGAUGACAGUCUCCGUGACGACUACAAGGUGGAGAUGGGGCGGCUGCGGGACACUCAGGGGCGGCUGGCGGAGGUGGAGGCCCGGGCGCAGCGGCAGCCCACUGACGCUCGUGUGGCCGCCAGGUUCAUCCGCCGAGGCCUGGGGUUGAGCGGAGACAGAGAGGAAGAGAGUGCAACAGCAGAUGAGGACACUCCCCAGUAAACCGCCAUCGUGGGGAGACAUUGUGGGGAGUAAGGGGAGGAAGAAAAAGAAAGACAACAACCUCCUGAAGAAG